UUACAGACAAAAUGGCCGUGUAACGAACUGAGGGAGUCAUAGCGCUCUGGGCCGUCGAGCGGUUAGGAGCUGUGUAUAAAUAUAUUGGAAAAACUGAAGAAAUACCAUACUUCGACAGUUUCGACGCGGAUGCACAGCGCAGAUUUAUGUUUUAAAAUAAUUCAGUGUUGGGGAAAAUGACAAAUUUUAAGGGGCCGUGAAGUUUCGAGUUCGAGAACUGAGCGCUGUGUUGCUGUUAACGUUACUCUGAGGUGCCGCUAGCUAAGCUGCGGGACGAAGUAGAUAUACUGUAUUUUGAAAUUGUAUGUGCUUUUGUUGUUCAUCUGAAAAUACAGUAGGUGUUAUUGUCUUCGGACUCUCAUGUGGCAGUGAGCUCCCUUAUAUUCAUUCACAACGGAAUGAAUGGAAACACUGAGUAUCAGUAUUGGCUCGAUGUGACUUGCCAGCUUGGCUGGUUGAACACCAAAGUUUACCAUCGUUUCUUCAUCCAAAAGAUUAUAAACUGUUAAAUGUCCCAGUGACGGUUUGAUCACCACUGAGGGAAAAGCGACGCGAAUAAAACGCGGGUCUAAAAGCUGAUGCUCGUCAAUGAGUCAAAAGUCCCGAACCGAGUGGUUCUUAUAAACACACAGAGACAGAGAGUGAAGUAAAAUUAUACUUUUUGGACUCUGUCAUGAAAGUGUAAAAUCCGAAGAUGAACAGGAAGAAGGACAAGGGAUUCGAGAGUCCGCGACCAUAUAAAUUAACCCAUCAGGUGGUCUGCAUAAACAAUAUCAACUUUCAGAGAAAAUCAGUCAUCGGGUAUGUGGAGCUGACCAUCUUCCCCACAGUUGUGAACUUGAAUCGCAUUAAACUCAGCAGUAAGCAGUGCAGAAUAUACCGGGUUCGAGUGAACGACCUGGAGGCACCCUUCAUUUACAAUGAUCCCACUCUGGAAGUUUGUCACCAUGAGUCCAAACAGAGGAAUCUCAACUACUUCUCAAGUGCUUACACAGCAGCAGUUGGCGCUGUGGAUCCCGACGCUGGCAAUGGGGAGCUGUGCAUCAAGGUUCCCUCUGAGCUAUGGAAGCAGGGAGACGAGAUGAAGGUUCUGAAGGUGUACAUUGAGUUUUCCCUGGAUCAGCCUAAAGGAGGCCUCCACUUUGUAGUGCCUGACAUUGAGGGGAACAUGGCAGAGAGAGGGGCCCACGUCUUCUCCUUUGGGUACCAGAAUUCAACGCGGUUUUGGUUCCCCUGCGUGGACUCCUACUCAGAGCUGUGCACUUGGAAGCUGGAGUUCACAGUGGACGCAUCCAUGGUCGCAGUGUCCUGCGGCGACCUGGUGGAGACCGUGUACACCCACGACAUGAGGAAGAAGACAUUCCACUACGUGCUGCCAAUUCCCACCGCCGCACCCAACAUCUCAUUGGCUGUGGGGCCCUUUGAGAUCCUCGUGGACCCUUAUAUGCAUGAGGUCACACACUUCUGUUUGCCUCAGCUGCUGCCUUUGCUCAAACACACCAUGUCUUACCUGCAUGAGAUCUUUGAGUUCUACGAGGAGAUCCUCACCUGCCGUUACCCGUACUCCUGCUUCAAGACCGUGUUUGUGGAUGAGGCAUACGUCCAGGUGUCAUCUUACGCUUCGAUGAGUAUUUUCAGCACCAAUCUGUUGCACAGCGCAAUGAUCAUAGACCAGACCCCUGUGACGAGGCGCUGCUUGGCCCAGGCCCUGUCCCAGCAAUUCUUUGGCUGCUUCAUAUCCCGCAUGUCCUGGUCUGACGAGUGGGUGCUUAAAGGAAUUUCAGGAUACAUUUAUGGACUCUACCUGAAGAAGACAUUUGGUGUGAAUGAGUACCGCCACUGGAUCAAAGAAGAACUGGACAAGAUUGUUGAGUAUGAGCUGAAAACUGGUGGAGUUUUACUGCAUCCCGCCUUCUGCGGAGGCAAGGAGAAAGACAACCCCACUCCUCAUCUGCACUUCUCCAUCAAGCAUCCCCAUACCCUGUCAUGGGAGUACUACAAGAUGUUCCAGUGCAAAGCCCACCUGGUCAUGAGACUAAUUGAGAACAGGAUCAGCAUGGAGUUUAUGCUGCAGGUCUUCAACAAACUGCUGAGCCUGGCCAGCACGGCCUCCUCCCAGAAGUACCAGUCGCACAUGUGGAGUCAGAUGCUACUGUCCACUUCUGGCUUCCUCAAGUCCAUCUCCAAUGUGUCAGGAAAAGACAUUGGGCCACUGAUCAAGCAGUGGGUAGAUCAGAGCGGGGUGGUGAAGUUCUUUGGUAGUUUUGCAUUCAACAGGAAAAGGAAUGUCCUGGAGCUAGAAAUAAGACAAGAUUACACUUCAUCUGGUACCCAGAAAUAUGUGGGUCCAAUAAAGGUGACUGUGCAGGAGCUUGAUGGGUCUUUCAACCAUACUUUGCAGAUAGAGGAAAACAGCCUCAAACAUGACAUCCCCUGCCACUCUAAGAGCAGACGGAACAAGAAGAAGAAAAUUCCACUGAUGAAUGGAGAAGAGGUAGACAUGGACUUGUCAGCCAUGGAUGCCGACUCGCCCUUGCUGUGGAUACGUAUCGACCCGGACAUGUCCAUCCUGCGCAAGGUGGAGUUUGAGCAGGCUGACUUCAUGUGGCAGUACCAGCUGCGCUACGAACGUGACGUCGUGGCCCAGGAAGAGGCCAUCUCGGCACUGGAGAAGUUCCCCACACCAGCGUCCCGGCUAGCCCUGACUGACAUCCUGGAGCAGGAGCAGUGCUUCUACAAAGUGCGCAUGCAGGCCUGCUUUUGCCUGGCCAAGAUUGCAAAUUCAAUGAUGAGCACAUGGACUGGGCCGCCUGCCAUGAAGUCACUGUUCACCAGGAUGUUCUGCUGUAAGAGUUGCCCCAAUAUUGUUAAAACCAACAACUUCAUCAACUUUCAAAGCUACUUUCUGCAAAAGACCAUGCCAGUUGCAAUGGCUUUACUCAGAGAUAUGCAGAAUCUCUGCCCAAAAGAAGUUCUGAACUUCAUCUUGGAUCUCAUCAAGUACAACGACAACAGGAAGAACAAGUUUUCAGACAAUUACUACCGUGCUGAGCUCAUCGAUGCCCUGACCAACUCCCUGACCCCAGCCAUUAACAUUAGCAAUGAGGUCCGCACUGUGGACAACCUGAACAGCGAUGUGCGCCUUAUCCUGGAAGAGAUCACUCGUUUCCUAAACAUGGAGAAGCUCUUGCCCAGCUACAGGAACACCAUCACAGUCAGUUGCCUGAGAGCCAUCCGAAUGCUGCAGAAAAAUGGGCACAUCCCCAGCGACCCCUCCUUGUUCAAGUCCUACGCACAAUAUGGUCACUUUGUGGAUGUGCGCGUCGCAGCCCUGGAGGCUGUUGUGGAUUACACCCGAGUUGACAGGAGUUCUGAAGAGCUUCAGUGGCUACUCGACAUGGUCCAGAAUGACCCUUCACAUUACGUCAGGCAUAAGAUUCUGAGUAUGCUGGGCAAAAACCCACCGUUCACCAAGGCAUCAGAGUCGUCCCUCUGCAACGAGGCUCUGGUGGACCAGCUGUGGAAGCUCAUGAAUUCAGGCACAUCUCAUGACUGGCGGCUCCGCUGCGAUGCCGUGAAUUUUUAUUACACGCUUUUUGGUCUCACGCGGCCAUCCUGCCUGCCGCUGCCUGAGCUGGGCCUCGUACUCAACCUAAAAGAGAAGAAGGCUGUGCUCAACCCCACCAUCAAGCCUGAAGCAGGAGGAAUCGGUGGUGUCGGCGCCCUAGACCUCUGUGCCAAUGGUGGCAUUCAUACCCCCAUCUCUGGCUUCCCCUCCAGUCUGGAGGAGGAGCAUUUACCCAUGGAGCCUCCACCAAAUGGCGUAGCACCAGCACCCCAUGGACUGAAGAGAAAGGCUGAGACACCCUUGGGGUCCCCUCCAGAACCUGUUCAGUUCACUGCUCAGGAGGAAGAGGAUAUUGACAUGGACACAGUGCAUGAUAGUCAGGCUUUUAUUUACCAUCACCUGAACAUGCUAGAGAGACCGUCCACACCAGGUAAAGAACCCCCUUUGGUGGAGCAGACCCUCCUGUCGAUGCCAGCCACACCACUGCCUGCAUUCAUCAAGGAGCCAAGUGCCUCCAAGCACGGGGAACACCACCACCGCCAUCAUCAUCAUGACCACAAAAAGAAGAAGAAGAAGCACAAGCACAAACACAAACAUAAACACAAGCACGAGAGCAAGGACAAAGACAAGGACAAAGAUAGGGAACGCGAGCGGGACCGCGACCGAGAUGCACACGCUUUCACCAGCAGCCCCGCCAGUGGCCGUUCCCUUCGUUCGCCCUCGCUGUCCGACUGACCGAGCACCCUCUCAAAGAUGGGGGAAAACCCUGGACAGUUUCAUUGGAAGACAACGCCUCACUGUCUUCUUUAGUAGCCCAGCUUUGUUGGGUGAUGACAAGGACCGCUGAGCAAGCCUCCGCAGGACGCUUGUUUGAUGGGUGACAGUCUCGUUACUCGCCCUGCAAGGGAACCUCUCAGACCUUGGUUGCGAACAGCUGUGGUCUUUGCAUUUAUAUAUUGUGGAAGAAAAACUGAAUUGCAUUGUUAGGAGAAAAACUGCUGGGGGGGCUUUAGAUCCAUGUUUGGUUUUAUACAAAUUUGUAUUACUCUUUGAAGAGAGAAAUGUUCUGGCUUAUCCAUGAACAGUGUUCAUUAAAAUUUUAUAAUAUCCCAUAGAAAUUUGUCCCUGUGUUCAUGUCAUGAGAUUUAAGUGUACUUCCAGACAUCAUGGACCUGAAGCAUUUUUCAUGAUUUGCAUCUAACUCCUCUUUUAAGUUUGUAGUUUAAAUAUUGUUCUGUUGAUGAUACAAGAAGGAUCUGAAUUUUCAGCUUUUGUCUGUCUCAUAUUAUUGUUUCUUUCAAAUCCAGAUUUGAAUAGUGUGUUAUUGCCAUUUGAAACCAUGUACUGUACUUUUACGGUCUUCAGGUUGCUUAUUCAUUUCUUCUUGCGUAUGUUUUCGUCUCCAUUUAUUGUUUACUAUAAUUUUAAGAUUUUUGUAUUUUCAUUUUACCCGACAAAAUGCGACCAGAACUGUCAGAAACAAGUACCAAAUGAACCAUGGAACGUUGAUGUCCAUAUGCAACUGUGACAAUAACUUCUCUGUAUGAAUGGAGAGCUCAAAGAAUAAUAAAGCA